AAGACCUACCAAAAAAUAUCUUUCUAAACGGGUUAUUAUAAUUGCGCUCUCGAAAACCCUAGCGCAGUCGCAACUUCUCCAUGAACGUCUCCGCCAUCAAAGGUGAUCUGGAAUUGAAGGAUAGUGAUGCAGACAUUCGAAAAAGCAGCAGCAUGAUUAGCAGGAUUUACGUUGAGGGAUACGACACUAAGCUCCCUGGCCAUGCUCUCGCUAGGGGUUUGACAAAACAUUUCGCUUCAUGUGGAAGGCUGAUACAUAUUUAUAUUCCCGGAUUCCUUUCCAUGGAAACCCGUAUUCUCAACAGUUUUGCCUUGAUUUAUCUUCGAGGAGAAGGUGUAGAAGAGAAGGCGUUGAAACUUAAUGGAACUCGCUUGAGAGGACGCAAGUUAGUCGUUAAGGCUUAUCCGUUUCACUCGAAACACCUUCGCCCUGUGUUGGCUCGGACGAGAGCCGUAGACGGAGUGCGAGGGCGGAGCAUGACGGUUACCGGAUAUGACGCUUCGCUUACUAGUAAACAUGUCAAGAGGACGCUGACUGAACAUUUCUCUAAAUGUGGAUAUGUCUUGAGUGCUUUUGUUAGCGAAGACCGAAGCGAAGGUGUUCUCGAGAGCAGAGCUUUCAUUACUCUUAUGGGACAAAGCGCAAUAAAUAAGGCGCUGCAACUUGGUGGAUGUGAUGUGGAAGGAUUUCAGAAUAUUCAAGUUACUCGGGUUGAUCUUCCAGAUCCUUCACCAGCCGUGAAAAACAAGGUUGGAUACUUCGCGCGACUGAAUAGGAGGAAUAAGGCUACGGAUCAGAAAGCCCUCUCUUAG